CGGCGAGAAAAGAGACAUGGCCCUUUAAGAGGAGGCGGAGGAAGGAGGAAGAAGCAGCAGGGUGACCCUGACGACGACGGUGACGUCACUCCCUCGGCACGUGAUCAGGGAGCCGACGCCAGAACAGGGAACGUUCAGGCACAGCCAUCCCAGAAAACAACCAUUUAAUGGCUGGCCCCAACUGGAGGCCUUCGCAAGACGAGAAAAUUAACCCCUUUUGACGAGGCUCACCCAGACUCGUGUGGGUGGACGCAAAUACCUUUUCAGGGGAAAGAGGACCCACAUCCUGGCUCUCAAGAUGGACCCUUCCUUACCACUCAUCGCUGAAGAAUUGCUUCAAGAAAUCCAGAAAUCGUUCCGCGAAACUUCCCAGAUUUCGGAUGAGCUCCUUCUGGCGCUGAGGUUCGUCUUUGGGACCUCCGUCGUCGCGGCUCUGGACUUGGUGGACCGCCAAUCGGUCACCCGGUUCGUAUCUCCAAGUGGCAGGACGGUGUAUCAGGUGGUGGGCAGCUCCGGCAAACUCUAUACUUGCUACAGCUCCUGUCACUUCUGCAGCUGCCCGGCUUUUGUGUUCUCCGUGUUGCGCAAAGGAGACAACCUCGUGUGUAAGCACAUCCUGGCCGUCUAUCUCAGCCGAGCCAUUGGGGCGUGUCAGGAGCAAAGCAUCUCCAACCAGCAAAUGACAGCCUUACUACUUCCCGGAGAAAAAUGAGGACAGAAGGAGGUUGAGAAACAGAAGGAGAAAAAUAAGCUGGCUGACAAGAUCACACAUGGCAAUUGCGUGACACACAUACACACACACCUGGGAUGCGGCAACUGUCGUAAUUACAUGCCAGUUGCCGAGUGCCUGGAUUUUGAUCAUGUGACCGUGGGGACGCUGCGACUGCCAUAAGUGUGAGGACUGAUCCUAAGUCGCUGUUUUCAGCGCCGUUGCAAUCUUGAAACAGCCACGAAACAAAUGGUUGUAAAUCAAGGACUUUUUGCACAUGUGCUAUCAUUUGUCCUGCUGUUUCGCAGACUUUCAAUCCCAGAAAGAAAAAAAAGAACUAAUGUAUUACUCUUGAACUGGCUUUAGCAGGUGGAAAAAUGCACAAAAUAAAACAUCUGAAUAAAUCA